AUGCUUUUCCCGCUUCUUUUUCUCUUGCUGACUGAGGCCUACCGGCCUGACACGAAUACUACAUCCGUGAACGAAAACAAGAACCAGGGUACACAACUCGAAGGCAGAUGCGACUACACUAACAUGGACACCGUCGGCCCGGCGAACGCUUCAACCCUCCUCGUAACUGUCGAGAACGAUCAUUCCAUCGAUCACGAGAUUUUGAACAAGCACGCGAACGAACGGAUACCCGAGAUCCGCAUCACCGUGACCCCGGAUACUUGA